AAACCGGCCAUACAUUAAACUCCUUUUAAAACUCAAGCUAUUGAUUUUACCGUGUUUCUUUCGCCUUCAGUUAUCAACCUUCAACUUAUCAAAACUAUCCCGAUGUUACGACUUACGAAUUUGAGGCUGCGUUUGAUAGUGUCGAGCGACAUUUAUUUUGAUCACGCGGCUUUUCACUUUUCCCUUACGUUUGCUUAAUAUUUACCUUCCACGUUUCGAACAACAGAUCGUUAUUCAACUACAAGUUUCGUGGUGCAUUUGGUUUGUAAUAUAGAAAUGUGGACCGUAUGUGAAAGAUGCAAUCACCAAUAUCUAUAAUGGACUAUGGUAUUAAGUUUUCGCGUGUCUGAACUUCAGAUGCUUUUGGGUUUUGCCGGGCGAAACAAAUCGGGUAGAAAAAACGAAUUACAGACACGAGCUUUAGAACUCUUAAGAUUGAGAUCUCAUCCUGUACAAUUAAAAAUUCGUGAACUCCAUAAAACGAUACAGCAGGAUCAGCUGGCUGCACAUCAGCUGUAUGGUCAACCUGCAUCCCAAACUAUGCAUCCCCGUAAUUAUUACACAAGGCAAGGCCAUGCUCAGGCAAUGGGUGAACAGCAGCAGGCUCAGUCAUCUGUUUCCAGUGGUAAAGAACUGCCACCAGCGCAUCAAGCCUCGAUGCCACAGUCACAAGUAUCACCUAGAUCGUCAGCUGUCUAUCCACCUACUGGAUAUACCAGCGUUACACCUCAGCAACGUUCCUCAAGUUCUGUAUACAAUCCUUAUCCGUAUCCAACCAAAGUAUUACCACCUCCCUUGCAAUUACAACAACCAAACCAGUACCCUGUUCACCCAGACGUUAAGCUGAAGAAGUUGCCAUUCUUUGACUUGUUGGGUGAAUUGUUGAAGCCAUCGAGUCUUUUACCACAAGGAUCGAUGAGAGUACAGGAGGGCACAUUCAUGUUUCAUCUAACCCCUCAACAGUCCACAGACAUUGCCAGUUCACGAGACUGUAGACCAGGCAGCAAAAUUGAUUACACAGUACAGGUCCAGAUGCGAUUUUGCUUACAAGAAACUUCUUGUGAGCAAGAAGACUAUUUCCCUCCUAGCAUCGUAGUAAAAGUCAAUGGGAAACCUUGUCCACUACCGAAUCCGAUACCAACAAACAAACCUGGUGUUGAACCAAAACGACCACCUAGACCAGUCAAUAUCAGCCCAUUAGUGAAAUUGUCUCCCACCGUAGGAAAUCAAAUACAUGUUUCAUGGUCUGCAGACUAUGGCAGACGAUACGCCAUUGCUGUUUACUUAGUUAGAAAAUUAUCAAGUACAGAGUUGCUGACGAGAUUAAAAAAUAGAGGAGUUAGGCAUUCCGACUACACUCGUGGACUCAUAAAAGAAAAGUUGAAUGAAGAUGCAGAUAGUGAAAUAGCAACAACUUCUUUAAGAGUCUCUCUGGCUUGUCCACUGGGUAAAAUGAGGAUGAGCACUCCAUGUCGAGCAUCAACAUGUUCACAUUUGCAGUGUUUCGAUGCUUCCCUCUUUUUACAAAUGAACGAACGUAAACCUACAUGGAACUGUCCAGUUUGUGAUAAGCCUGCCCUUUAUGACAAUUUAGUCAUCGACGGUUAUUUCCAAGAAGUAUUGACUUCGAACAAGUUGCUACAAGAUGGUAAUGAGAUACAAUUGCUUCAAGACGGUUCCUGGGAGAACCUUGUUGUGAAGAAAGACAAAGAUAAAGAUAAGGAUAAAGGCGAACAUAAAGCUGAAGUUAAAUCACCCAAAAAGGUGGAAACUCUAGAUCUUGAUGAAUCUACCAAUCCAUCUCCAGCCUCACCGAGUGAUAAAAAACGUGCUGUUAUCAUCGAUCUCAUAUCAGACAGCGAUGACGAUUCGAGCCCAUCUCAAAGUUCCACCAAAAAGCCCAGCACAGGCGUAUCAACGCCACAGAAAUCUGGUACCGAAGCUCUCAGUCCGAUAAGCAGUGCUAGUGAAUCUCCGGAACUAAUGAUCAUUGAUUUAGAAUAAAAAAUGGUUGUGAAGUGGUUAUUCAACUACGUUUGGGCUGUAAUGGUCUGAAAAAAGAAAUUUUCUGAAGUCGACAAAAAAGUGGAAAGAAAACAGUACAAAAGUGAUGUGCUAAGCCUAAGCUCUCUGAGGACAAUUCAGCACGAUAUUGAAGUGUAUGUAGGAUAAUGUUGCGUCAUUUUUCGACAUUACGUAAUUCCUUCUUUAUUUAUUAACUGAUUGUUUCCCAAAAUUCUAUUACCAACUGUAAAAUGUAAAAUAAUCUUUGUAUUAUAGGCAUAAAGUAAAUGUGAAGAGAGCCAUUUCCUUAUUUUUGUAACGAUAGAUCGCUUUGUAAUAUAGAGGGUCUGUUUGUAUGUAGGUCGCAUACGUUUCCAAUGAGUCUUGCAUAUCGAAUACUAAUCAGUGUUUCGUUCCAAGAGCGACAAAUUUUGUCUUUCUGUUAUUUUUCAGAUGUAAAUUUUUUCUGCGACUCAAAUGUACAUGAGCUUUUGCAUAAGAUGACUAAGCAGGGACGAGAUUUCGCAGGACGCCGAUGAAAAUACUUUAUUUAGUUGUAAUAUUCGUUUUAGAUUUAAUAAAUAGCCAUUAUUUUAAUUUUCAUUAUUACCUAAACCAGACGACCAAAAAUAUGGCUGAGGAUAGGUCUCGUAUGAGUUGAGACGCACUGUAACGGUAACAUUCUGUCGUAUUGCGUUACCAGAAGUUGUACUUCAUUAUUUCAUAUUUUUGUACACAAAGCGUUGUAAAAUAAAAUAUCAUGACUCGGUUAUA